AUGCCUCAAGCCCAACACCCAAUCGCUACACUGAUAUUUAUCGUUUUCAUCGUUUGGCUCGUCUUUCCCGAUAGCGACUACUCAAGUCAAUCUCUGACUCUUUCCGAUCUCGCUGGCGAGAGACUUGAUCAUUUUCAUGAUGCUCUGGACGUGCUGAAUGCUUCGCGAUGGGGCGAUUUCGCACCAGUCCCAGGGAAAGACUCCCAGGCGAAGCCAUCGUUUUUAAAUCUUACGGGGUUUCGUGCGGAUGAUAACCUCUCCUGGGGCGGUUUGAAAAGGUUCCGCGAGCGGAGUUUGGCCUUCAGCCGACAUGCCAUACCACCUGUUGGAGAACAUAAUCUAUGGGACAGCGGACUUGGUGAGCCUAUCUGGUUGAAUGCAUCCGGGACUGUUCAUGGAGAAUGGGUCAGGCCAAAAGGCUCUAUCUCUAGAGGAUACAACAGCUACAAUCUGAGCAAAAUUGCUCCUGAUAUGGACUGGAUUGGUGAUAAUGUGCCUUGGGCGCGUAACAUCACUGGUCGCACAGGCCGCAUGAUGCUGCGCCUAGAAGGGAAUCAAACCAUCAACGAGUAUGAGCAAUUGCCAACUGAAAGUAGCGUCCCCGUCGCUGGAGGUCUCAUACGGAGUGUCAAGGGCACGACGACUAUUGAGGAUACCCAUGGCUCGGGCCAUGACUGGGAAAUGAGGCUAUGGGGCGUUCAUUGGCCACGUCAGGGCGUGGUUUUGAUGACCACCACCAGUGAGAAGUUCGAGGGCAUAUUCGGCUUGCCACACCUUACACCAAGUGAGGAUUUCUUCCAGUCUAGUCAGAGGCUACUUAACGAGUCGAUCGCUCACACCAUUGCGACAAAGAGGGAGAACAUAUAUGCAGACCAGACUGUACCAUGGACUUCAGAUCUGGAGAACCCUCUAUACACUACUAACCCAUCGCCACAUUGCGAAUAUGUUAUGUAUGCGCAAGUCUUUCCACCAAGUCGAACCUACUUCAACAUAGAUUCUCAGGAAUCCUCGCGGGAGGCUUUAGAGUCUGUUAUCGACGCUAUUGAGUCAGAGUUACAAUCACCUGUUGGCGCACCCAUCCCAAAGAUACCCAAACUCCAGAUGUCAGCUAUCAUCUACUCUCCAGACUGCGGCUUCUUCCUAGAGACCAAAGGACCACCAGAUUUUGGGCCAAGUGAGGCCCAGCACUUAACAGGCAUGAAGAUAGAGGUUCAACUCUACCAAGUCAAAACAUGGAUUCUUGUCUACGCAAUCGUUGUAUUUGGUCAGGUCAAUCUCCUCAAGAACCAGAUGCGCGAGUCUUGCACCCCGUCGACCAUGGGUCGAGUGAGCUUUUGGACUAUCGCCAUGAUGCUCAUGGUUGACGGCAUGACAUUCACUGCUGCAGCAACUUGGGUAUCAUCUGCCGGCGCCACCUUUCUGCCGACAUUAGCCCUCUUGUUUGCCGCAUUUCUGUCCAUGACCAUUAGUGGAAGCUUUCUCGCCAAAGUCCAUGAAGUUCAGCUUCCUGAAGCCCGGCCUCGACGUGAGCGGGAAGCGAACAACAUGGGUGAUAACACCAAUGGCACCGAACUACCCGCAGCGGCGACUUCAGACAGAUCACUCUUGCCAGAGCCUGUGACAGCGCACCAACCGGCCAUGCCUCCCCUUCCUCUAUCUCAGCAACAGCCUGUCAUCGUUCCCUCCGAUCAAGAUAUUGAUGCCGAGAUUGCUUCUGCAGCAGUCCCUGGCGCCACAACUACGCAACGUGCUGAGGAGGCCCCCCAAUCUUUUCAGAGCAUCAUUGGCCGCAUGAUCCUCUCCUCCCUAUGUAUUAUAUUCCUGGCCAUAUCUUCUACAACAUGGUAUCCCAAUCUGAGGUCAUUGUUCCUGAAUCUGUGUGUUCUCAUCUAUCUAUCCCUGUGGAUUCCUCAAAUUCUCCGUAAUACUCGUCGAAACUGCCGCCGAGCUCUUGGCUGGCCAUUCGUCGUUGGUCAGUCUCUCUUACGACUUCUCCCCAUAGCCUAUUUCUGGAUCAAAGAGGACAAUUUUCUUUAUGCUCGCUCGGACCGACAUGCGUUCCUUGUCUUUUGCGCCUGGCUUUGGAUACAGCUUAUCAUUCUUGCUGCACAAGACAUUAUCGGUCCCCGCUUUGGCAUUCCUGCUGGCUGGGCCCCUGAUGCUUGGGACUACCAUCCUGUUCUUCGCGAGGAUAGUCUCGAAGCUGGUGGUUUGCCAAUUGGCCUGGUUGCUGAUGACACACCGGGUAUCGAGCGUGCCCGGUCUUCAGGUGAUGAUGGCAGUAAGAAGCAAAGCACGACGAGGAGUAUCGACUGCGCAAUCUGUCGUGAAGUCUUGGAGGUACCAGUGCUCACUGCCGAAGAUGAAGACACCGGCGUUGCUGGUGUCUUCGCUCGUCGCUUAUAUAUGGUCACACCUUGCAGGCAUAUAUUUCAUAGCGCUUGCUUGGAAGGUUGGAUGAGAUUUCGACUUCAGUGUCCCAUAUGUCGAGAGGAGUUACCACCGCUGUAA